CCACUCAAUUUCUGAUGGAAGGAACAGAGCUUCACCCCCGUUUCCUCUCUGUGUUCCAUGCCUCACCAUUUCUGAAGCUCUUCAAGUUCCUAUGGAAACCAUUCUCUCUCCCCACUCUCUCUCUCUCUCUCCUCUACUCAGCCCCAAAGCUUCCUCUUCCAAGAAUCUCUUGCCCCAUUCUCUGCAACCCAGGUCAAAAUUUGUUUCUUUCUCUAAGCCCAUUUCGCUCACCCUUAAAAAACCCUCUCCUCAGUCGCUCCGAUCGUCUCUCCCAAUUCCUUCGAAUUGGUUCUCCCAUCUCCAACAUGGACUGGCCGCGCUGGCGAUCUCUCUGGCGUUGAAUUUCUCCCCAUUGUUGGCCGGCGGUGGCAAUGCCCUGGCGUCCGAAUUCGAUGUGCUCAGCGACGGGCCGCCGAAGGAGUCGCAUCUGGUGGACGACGCCGGAGUUCUCAGCCGAGUCACGAAGUCGGAUUUGAAGAGGCUGCUCUCGGAUUUGGAGUCCAGGAAGAAUUUCCACAUCGAUUUCGUCACUGUUAGAAAGCUCACUAGCAAAGCUGAUGCAUUUGAGUAUGCUGAUCAAGUUUUGGAGCGAUGGUAUCCCACUGUGGAAGAUGGGAACAACAAAGGCAUAGUUGUUCUUGUCACCAGCCAGAAGGAAGGAGCCAUUACUGGUGGCCCUGCCUUUAUCCAAGCAGUUGGAGAAAACAUCCUUGAUGCCACAGUAACAGAGAACCUCCCAGUGUUAGCUACUGAUGAAAAGUAUAAUGAGGCGAUAUAUAGCAGCGCGAAGCGGCUAGUCGCUGCCAUUGAUGGACUUCCAGAUGCUGGUGGUCCGUCAUUUAAGGACAAUAAGCGCGAAUCUAACUUCAAAACAAGGGAAGAGACAGAGGAGAAAAGAGGACAGUUUUCUCUUGUAGUUGGAGGUUUGUUAGUGAUAGCCUUUGUUGUUCCUAUGGCUCAGUAUUAUGCUUAUGUCUCCAAGAAGUAAAACAAAUAUGUAAGAGCAGAGGCAGAGGCUGAGGCAGAUGUUCCCAUCUAUUUCCUUCACAUUCAAAUGUAUAACUUGAUGUUGUACAAAGAGGGUUCUUACAAGAUUAUUUGCCACAAAUCUGUUAUAAAACAAGAGUUGAGUUGUUUCCAAGACCCCUUUCUUUU